AUGGGUUCUUUGAUUGAUAAUACAAAUCACAUAUCAAGUACCAUUAAGGAGAUGGAGUCGUACCACGUAUUGAGAGGCCGUGUUAAUAAUAUAGGGUUUCAGCCAGAUGAACGCCUAAUACCAUUCUUGGAGUUAGCCGGGUUUGGAUCAGCAGCAUUGAUCCGGCCUUUUGAUCUGCGAUAUGACCUGAUUUCCGCUUUAGUCGAGCGAUGGCGUCCAGAGACCCACACAUUUCAUUUGCCACGCGGGGAGUGCACCAUCACUCUAGAAGAUGUUGCAGUACAGCUCGGGCUCCCCAUUGACGGGAAUGCGGUCACGGGCGUAAGUUCGAUUUCCAGGCUGGCAACCCUUUGCUAUGAAUUACUUGGACGCUCGCCAAGUGAGGGAAAAUUUGCCAGUUUGAGGUUGUCAUGGCUAAAGGCCAAUUUUGAGUAUUUGCCGAGUACUGCCAAUGAACGGGAGGUGAUGCAGGCCGUUCGAGCUUACAUUAUGCACCUUAUGAUCAAUGUCAGGUGCAGCAUUAAGAUCAAUGUCGAUCCCAUGUAUAGUUGA